AUGAUUGUGAUCAGCAAUAGCGUGUUGACAAUUGUGACCAUUUGCCGGACUCGUGAACUACACACUAACCAGUAUAUUUUCAUUGUAUCCCUUUCGAUCGCUGACAUACUGAUGGCUUUAAGCUUUUUUGCCACAGCAAUUAUCCACCUAACCGGGUUAAAUUCCAUUGUUGAAGACUUCGGAAUUAUAAACAAACUGUUAUACGGGAUGUUGUUCUCUUGUGUAGUCCUGGAUAUGUUACAUAUGAGCAUAAUUGCCGUUGACCGAUACAUACAUAUUGCGCAUCCAUUUUACUAUAUAAAAUAUAUGACAAAGCAACGUACCGUUAAAAUACUUUCUGUUGCAUAUGUUCUGUGUUUCAUCGACACCUUUAUUCCGGCCAUAGCGUAUCAGGACGACACAUAUAAACGCUGUCUUAAUACCAACGAGCCAACGGAAUACUACUAUUCAAAUACAUCCAUUCUUUCCAUCAAUACAAUUGUUGCGUUUUUGUGCUAUUCGAAGAUUGCGUGGAUUGCCAUCAGACACAAACAAGCCGCCAUGUUCAGGCGACAACAAACACGGGACACCGAGAGCAAUAUAAUCAACAGAAACAACCGUAUGAUGGUGAUGAAAAGUGUGAAAUUCUUUUUGGCCAUGUUUGGGGUAUUUUUCAUGUUAUCAUUGCCCCCAUUUGUUAUUACAAACCUUGCUGCCUCCAGUAUUGUCUCAGAUGUACUUAAAGUAAUUGCUACCUAUUGUUUUCCGCUCCAUUCUGUGCUGAAUUUCAUCAUUUGCUGCAGCAUGAGCCAAUCUUUCUUCAAAGCUUUAAAGAAGACUCUUGUUGAUCUGCAAACUUGCUGCUUCACUGCAUGCUAUCAAGAAUAA